UUUGGUAUCUAAUGCAAACUAUUUAGGAAAAUUGGUCGUUUAAAUGUCUGUGGCAAUCUUGUCCAGCGUAGAUCAAACGCUGUAAAUAUUUAAAGGUCGCCAUGAGGAUCUGCCAAGGACACUUUUGGACAGGAAUCGAUCUAAAGGCUUAGCUGAACAAUUGAUGGGUUAAGUGACAAUAUUUCAUCUUCCCAGCACAACAAGAUAAACAGUAAUUAUGGGAUGUGGCUCAUCAACACCGACUUCUACCACUCCAAAAACCAAAAGUAGUAAUCAAAAUGACGUCAUAGUUACGUCAGACGUUACCGAGCAAGACUUUGCCUCAUCGACAACAAAGUCAAAGAAAGCAUCAUCACAAACCAAUGGAACUGCGCAAACUAUCAAGCCCAAAUCCAAUGGUACAACGCAGCAUCAAGUACAGCAACAAAAUGGUUCAGCAAAGUCUUCGAGUGGGGUUAACGUUGUAUUAUCAGCUAAAUCUUCAUCAUCGAGCAGGUCUCGAAAAGACGACAUUAUUGUUGAAAACGUCGAGGAAAUUGCAGGGGAUAAUGUCAAACCAAAGCCAUCCAGGAAAAAGAAAUCGCAAAUCAUGUCUAAUCCUGAUAUGUUUAAGAACAUAGACAGUCACGUUGCAAGAACACCAGCUUCUGUGUGUAGCUCAAUACCAACUCUGACCGAAUACCUGAUAAAGCCCGCCCGGACACCACUGGAGAGAGCCCGGGCCAUAUACAAAUGGGUCACGACAAAUAUAGCGUAUGAUGUUGAUGGGUACAUGGGAAGAAGCGAGAAGAAAUCGUGCGAUUCUGGAAAUGUCCUACAGAGCCGAACCAGCGUUUGCUCUGGAUACAGCAAUCUCUUCGAAAGUCUUUGUCGAUGCGCCCAUGUACCUGUAAAGGUCAUAAACGGAUAUGCGAAGGGAUUCAGUCACAAAAACAAGGACGAAAUUGAUCUUUCUACUCUGCAAACUAACCAUGCCUGGAACGCCAUCUUUGUUGAAGGAGAAUGGCGAUUGGUGGAUUGUACGUGGGAUGCUGGUUAUAUCGAUGGCAAGUCUUUCCACUGGCGCAAGAAAGACUACUACUUUCUUAUGGACCCCGAGUACUUUAUAAGCACGCACCUGCCAUACAUGAACAACGAUCUGACCACUAGCGAAACAUGGCAGCUAUUGGAUAAACCUGUGGAUCCGAAAACCUAUUUCAAAUCUGUAAAAUUAGAGGAAGGUUCCGUAAACUUUGGAGUAUUCCCUCGUUCUCAUAAAGACACUAUAAUACACAUGAAAGGAGAAGUUUGUAUAGAAAUACAAAAGUUUACCUCCGGAGAGAUUGAAGAUACAUUAUUAACAUUCAAGAACGAAGAAGGUACAAAGGAAUACAAAGAUUGCGUAGCUACGGAGAGGUCCGGAAAUGACAUCAUCAAAUUUCACGUGCGGCCACCUAAACCUGGAAAUUACAAGCUUAACCUGUUUAUCUAUGCUACCGGAGAAAAGAAAGAAUGGCCACAACUGUUCAAUUAUGAAAUUAAAUGCGACAAAGUUAUGGACAAUUUGGUUCCGUUUCCAGACUAUCGACAGAUAUAUGGCCCCAAACCGGAAUACAAAGAGCUAGGGUUUGGAGAGGGUGUUAAAGACCAAUCUUUUUACACCACUAAUUCGGGGGAAGUGGAAAUUGUACUUCCUACUCUUCGACAAAUGUCUGUUCUUUGUACACUAGAGGACGCAAAUUCCAACAAAAUUCAAAAUGCCGUGUUUCAACAAUCCACCGAGAACUCAAUCUUCUUGUCAGCAAGGCUUCCUCAAAAAGGAUAUUAUAAACUUAUCAUAUUUGCUGAAAAAGAGAAUAAACAUGUUGUAGGAAUAACAUACAUGAUAUACUGCUCCAACAUUGUCGGUAAAUUCAUGGCUUUUCCGGUCCAAUAUGGAGGCAAAGCCACUGAAUAUCGAGUAAUACUUCAUGAACCAAAAGUGAAAGAAAUUCCCGCCAAUAGUACUGUAGUUUUUCGGUUUUCUUCACCGGUUUUAAAAUCUGUUCAAGCAGGAUCAAAAGUCUUUAAGAAAACAAACGACAAAGACGACUGGGAAAUCAGUGUUGAUACCCCUGAAGCAGGAUCACAGUUCAAUUUGUUUGGAAGUGAUGAAGAAAGCGGAACUAGAAGUGGGCUAUUUGGGUACAUUACAAAAUAAUCUAGAAAUACAUAUACGGCAAUUACACAUCCAACAGCCUUUAACUUGUGCACUAGCAUUUAUACCUAUAGAUAAUUUUUGUUUUGUCAAAUCUAAUGCUUUUCUCUUAAUAGGGUUGAAAUUUUCAUGCGCAUCAAACAAAAAGUUUUGUAAAAGAGCCCAGUCUUAAAUAACAAAAUAUACUUCAUGUUAAUAACACAAAUAACGAUUUUAAAAACUUAUAGAACUUUUUAAUGUUGUACAAUGUAUGUAAAAGAGUAAUUUUAUUUCGUGUACUAAUAAAGUAACAAUUUUUCUCAGAAUAUAUUUACUGCAGUGUUACAUAUAUAAUGUAAAAAGUCAUGCACUUAAAAUGUCUAGAACAAUAAAAAUCUUGCAAUGAGAUUUUACAAAAAGUUGUUAAUUACACGCUCAUA